GCCGCCCGGGCCCGGCCGCCGCCGCCGCGCCCCGAGCCAUGGCCCCCCGGUGGCUGCUGGCCUUGGUCACCGCUGCCACCGCCGCUGCCACCGCCGCUGCCAGCCCCGCGGGGUCCUCGUGGAGCCUGGUGCCACGCAAAACCGUCCCCUACGCCGAGCUGCAGGGCGUGGCCAAGCGGUUCUGGCAGGGGGGGGUCUCUCACUACCUGACGCUGACGCUGGACGAGGCUGAGGCUCUGCUUUACGUCGGUGCCCGCGAAGCUGUUUUUGCCCUGGCCACUGGCAGCGUGGAGCUGAAGGCAGCGAUCUCCUGGGAAGCUCCAGUGGAGAAGAAAGCUGAAUGCAUCCAGAAGGGCAAAAACAACCAGACUGACUGCUUCAACUACGUUCGGUUCCUGCAGAGCUACAACAGCUCUCACCUGUACGCCUGCGGCACCUUCGCCUUCCAGCCCAAGUGCACCUACAUCGAGCUGUCAGGCUUCACCCUGGACCAGGUGGCAUUCGAGGAUGGCAAAGGGAAGUGCCCCUAUGACCCUACCAAGGGGCACACAGGCCUCAUCGUGGAUGGGGAGCUCUACUCUGCCACCUUCAACAACUUCCUGGGCACGGAGCCUGUGAUCCUGCGCAACCUGGGCCCCCACUACUCCAUGAAGACAGAGUACCUCACCUCCUGGCUCAACGAGCCUCACUUCGUGGGCUCAGCCUUCGUGCAGGAGAGCUCAGGGAGCAGCACAGGAGACGACGACAAAGUUUACUUCUUCUUCAGCGAGCGAGCGGUGGAGUUCGACUGCUAUGCCCAGCAGGUGGUGGCAAGGGUGGCACGGGUCUGCAAGGGGGACGUGGGCGGUGCCCGCACGCUGCAGAAGAAGUGGACGACGUUCCUGAAGGCCAGGCUGGUCUGUGCCCUGCCCGAGCAGCAGCUGCACUUCAACCGCCUGCAGGCAGUCUGCACCCUGCCCGCUGCCCGCUGGCAGGACACUGCCUUCCUGGGCGUCUUCCAGGCGCGAUGGGGGGACGUGGACGUCUCUGCCAUCUGCCGCUACCACAUCCUGGAGGUGAAGAAAGCCUUCGAGGGGCCCUACAAGGAGUACCGAGAGCAGGCGCAGAAGUGGGGGCGCUACUCGGACGAGGUGCCCAGCCCCCGCCCUGGCGCCUGCAUCACCGACUGGCACCGGCAGAACGGCUUUGCCAGCUCGCUGGAGCUGCCCGACAACACCCUCAACUUUGCCAAGAAGCACCCCCUGAUGGAUGAGCCCAUCCUGCCCCACCACGGCCGCCCCCUGCUCCUCAAGAAGGAUGCCAACUUCACCCAGCUGGUGGUAGACAGAGUGCCCGGGUUGGAUGGCACCGUCUACGAGGUGCUCUUCAUCGGCACAGGCGACGGGUGGGUACACAAGGCGCUGAACCUGGGCACCCAUGUCCACCUGGUGGAGGAGCUGCAGGUCUUUGAGCCGGCACAGCCUGUGGAGAGCCUGGUCCUGGCUGCCCGCAAGAAGCUGCUCUUCGCCGGCUCCCGCCUGCAGGUGGCACAGCUGCCCCUGGCAGACUGUGGGCGCUACCAAUCCUGCACCGACUGCGUCCUGGCCAGGGACCCCUACUGCGCCUGGAGCCACAAUGCCAGCCUCUGCGUGCCCACCCACGGCCUCAACGGGUCGCAGCUGGUGCAGGAUGUGCUGAGCUCCGACACCAGAGCCUGCAGCCAGCCCCAGGUGGCCAAGCAAGGACCCAGCAUCACCCCCAAGAACGUGACGGUGGUGGCGGGCACCGACCUGGUCCUGACCUGCCGCUUGGGUUCCAACCUGGCCCAGGCCCUGUGGACCUUCGAGGGCAAGGCGCUGGCAGCCGAGCAGGCGCUGGUGCUGCACGAUGCCAGGCUGCGUGCCCUGGUGGUGCCAGGGGCAGGAGCUCAGCACAGCGGCACCUAUCGCUGCUUCUCAGAGGAGCAAGGUGCCCGCCUGGGCAGCGAGGUGUACAGGGUGGAGGUGCUGGCAGGCCCCGGGGUGCCCUUAGAGACGAGGGCACCUCUGGAGAGCCUGGGGCUGGUGUGGGUGGUGGCAGUGUGCCUGGGUGCCCUCUGCCUGGUGCUGGUGCUGGUGGUGUUCUCCCUCUGGAGGCGGCUGAGGGAAGAGCUGGGCAAAGGUGCCAAGGCCAUCGAGAGCACCUUGGUGUACCCCAUCGAGCUGCCCAAGGAGCCUCCCAGCCCCCACUUCGUGCCCAGCGCCGGCUCCGACUCGGACGAGAAGCUCUGGGACCCUGCCAGCUACUACUACUCGGACGGCUCGCUCAAGAUCGUGCCAGGCCAUGCCAGCUGCCGCAACGGGGGCCCUCCCGGCGCCUCCUCGCCGCCUAAUGCCAUCCCCGGGCAGCCUCUCCACUCGCCCACCCGCAUCCACCUGGGCCCCCUGCGUGGCUCCUCCUCCAACGGCUACAUCCGCCUGGCACUGGGCACCGAGGAGCGCCCACCCUGCGCCGACCUGGCCGAGGAGCUGCGGCGCAAGCUGCAGCAGCGCCAAGCCCUGCCCGACUCCAACCCCGAGGAGUCCUCGGUCUGAGCCCUGGCACCGCUGGCAUCGCCGCCGCCCAGCAGCCCAACCUACCUCAGGGGCAUUUCCCCACCCCCCUCCAGGUGCCAGCGCCUGCUGUGAGAUCGUCGCCUUGGCACCAGCACCCGGCUUGGGGCUGCGACCUGGGCACUGGCACCCACUGAGGUGGUGCUGGUGCUGGCACCCAGCUUGGGUGCAGUGGUGGCUUUUGGGCUGCUGCCUGUCUUGGGGACAGGGUUGCCAUGCUGGGCAGUGCCAGUGUCUUGGGGCUGGGGCACCAGCACCCAUCUCGGGGACAGGAGUUGACACCCCAGUGCCAGGAGCUGGGCUGGGGACUGUGACACUGGCACCAGUACCCGUCUUGGGGACAGGAUUGCCACUCUGGCACCAGUAUCUGCCUUGGGCACCCGUCAUGGGGACAGGGUUUGCCACCCCAGUGCUGGCAGCCAGUUUGAAGACUGUGAGACUGGCACCAGCACCCAUCUUUGGGCACAGGACUGCCACUCUGGCACCAGCAUCUGUCUUGGGAGACAGAGCUCUCCCCCCAGUGCCAGCAUCCAGCUUGGACACUGCCAUGCCAGCGCUGGCACCCGUCUUGGGGCCACAGCUCUGGCACCAUAUCACACAUCCGUGGUACUGGCACCAGCCUAGGGGCCAGGACUGCCACCUCCACGGCCACUUUUGAGGCCGUGGCACCAAUGCCCCCUUCGGGGGCUGGCACUGCCAUCCCAGUACUGACUUAAAAGAGCUGUGGCACUGGCA